UUCUUUGUAUUUUAUGGAUAAUAACGGGAAUUAAUAUUUAUUUUAAUAAAAGAACUUCUAUUUAUAGCACAAAAGGCCAUUGCUCUUCAACAUGAGACUUCACCACUUCCUCACCUCACACAGAAUGGCUCUCUCGCUUCUUUCAGUCUUCAUCUUUCUUCAAGUCUUUACCAAUGUUGUUUUUGCUGCUUCAAACGAGGAAUCCAAUGCAUUAGUUUCUUUACCUACGUCACCGACGUCCCCGGCAAUCAAACCACCGUCUCCGUCAUACAAGCCACCCUCAUUUCCUACUACUCCGAUUAAACCACCCACCAUUACACCACCAUUCAAACCCCCAACCACUCCGGUUCCACCCACAUCACCACCUACGUACAAACCUCCAACUGUUAAACCACCUACAACAACACCGGUCAAACCACCUUACAAACCCCCAACGUCACCGGUUAAGCCACCCACGAUGCCACCAGUCAAACCACCACCUACGUACAAACCCCCAACGCCACCUGUUAAGCCACCCACGAUACCACCAGUCAAACCACCUACAGCGCCGGUUAAACCAACCCCAAUACCUCCAUAUAAGGCACCACCGGUCAAACCAACCCCACCACCGCCAGUCACAACACCACCGCCAGCUAAACCACCCGUCAACCCAAUCCCAUCACCUCCGGUCAAUGCACCACCUGUUAAGCCACCGUCCAAACCUCCGACACCGCCUCCCGUUAGACCUCGGAUAAAUUGCGUGUCUUUAUGUGGGACUCGAUGUGGCCAACACUCAAGGAAGAACGUAUGUAUGAGAGCGUGCGUCACGUGCUGCUACCGCUGCAAGUGCGUUCCUCCUGGCACGUACGGUAAUAAGGAGAAGUGUGGAGCUUGUUACGUCAACAUGAAGACACGUGGUGGCAGACCCAAGUGUCCUUAAACCUUUUUAUUAACGAUGGUUAUUAAUGUAAAAAGGGUAUCACUAAAUCAGUGAUUGAUGUUAGAGAAAAACUGGUGUUUUCAUAUAAGUUUGUAAUGCGUUUUAUUUUUGUCCUUUUAUUUGGUUUAGUAAUAUGAAUCUAUUUCAUUUAA